AUGAAGAACUUGGGAGUAUUGGAAUAUCCGGGCGGUGUUCCUACCUCGAUGGUUCCGGAUAGCAAGGAGCAAUGGGAUUUCCCUAAUGGUUUCAGCCCUUUGAAUCAUAUGAUCGUCGAAGGAUUAAGGAAAAGUCAAAAUGCCCAGAUGCAGGAUGCGGUAGGGAUUUCUCGUAAUAGCCGAAAUUGUUGGAAUUAUUUCGUGGUUAAGUCAUAA